AUGACCUCCGCUUACCCUAACAACCCAUUGCCUAUCGAGGCCAGCACCGGUGCCGUGCCUCCCAUCUUGGUAACCGCCGCAACAGAUCUCGACACAAUUCCUACCAAUGUAAAAGUCCCAGCAUCCGAAAUAAAGAAGCGUGGAAGACGGGGUCGAAAGACAAGUAACAGUGCCACCGAUACCGUUGGUUCGAAACAGAAAAAGUCUCUCUUGUUGGAUGAAUUGGGUGAUUCGCUCAUCGAUCAGCUCUAUACAACCCCCCGACUCGACGACCGACUCGGCGUCACAAAUCUCUCAGUUGUCGAUCAUUUGCAAAGCAAAAUCUCCGCGAACUUGACCACACCCUCCUAUGCCAGCUCCUUGAGCAGCAGCAGCCGAACCCUGACUGGUGUGGAGAGUACUCCUCCCACCAGCCUCGACGAACGAGAUAUCCAAGAGCGCAGCCCUCCAUCACUCCGAACAGCAGCGAGUCAGUCAUGUCUCAGCACCAAGUCUGUCCACACACUCCAUAAAACACAUACCAACCAGUCCCACGGAAGCGUAUUCUCGCUCGGCGAUUUCUCCACCAUCACAGCAAUCCAGCGCCUAACCGCCCAAUAUGGCCGCGUCGCACACAUGGGAAUCCUAGAUCACAGUUAUCGUUUCUUCGUAAACAAAGAACGCACAGCAGCCCUCUCUUUCAAAGUGCAGAACAAAGUCGCAAUCGUGGGCGGCGACCCGCUUUGCGAACCAGCCAUGAUCCCAGACCUUCUCGCUGAGUUCACCGCAUAUCGAUCCAAGCACCACUGGGGAAUUGCAUUCAUGGGAGCCAGUGAGUCCUUCGUCCGCGAACAGGCACACCCAAACUCCUGGACAACAAUCCGAUUCGGCACCCAGCGCGUCCUAAACCCGCAAUCAAACGAAGUCCUCCACGAACAAAGCGGGAAGCGCAUCGCCGUCCAAAACAGACAACUCCUCCACCCAGAUAAAGGCGGCAUCACCCUCGGCGUAUACGCCCCAGCCAUCCACGGCACCGACGCAGAUCUAGAAACCGACCUGGUCGCCGUAUACGACUCUUGGCGCGCAGAGCGCAACGAUUCCACCGGUCCCCAAGCCUUCAUCACAGUAUACGACCCAUUCGCCCUGCCAUCCCUAAUGACUUUCGUCUACAGCCGCGGCCCAGAUUACCGCAUAAACGGAUUCGCCGCUCUGCGCCGUCUCGGAUGCGGCGGCUACCACGUCGACCCGUGCAUCGCGACGCCGGGAAGCGCAAAGGGAAUCAGUGACCUGCUGAUCGUCGCAGCCAUGGCCCUUCUCCAGCGCGCCAACGUCUCAUACCUCGGCCUUGGCUUCGAGCCCGUUCAUCAACUCCAGUCAGACGAUAUCUCGGGCAUGCCGGUGCAACUGCUCACCUCACUUACUCGCGACUUAUACGGUCACACCUUCCAACGACUCCCGAUCCGGGGCAAGAAGGCAUAUCACGAUAAAUUUCGCCCUGACCCCGAGCAGGACUCAGGCUUGUAUCUCGUCUUUCCGAAGGGCGUGCCGAGUAUCAGACAUUUGCUGGCUAUGCUUCAUAUGGCAAAUAUCAGUUUGCGAAAGGUUCUGUGGGCAGAUCUGUGCGAGCGCAUGUCGACGCGGAAGUCGAAAUCGAAUAAUAGAAGCGGAGCCGCGACUGAAUCUCCGGAAGCUGGGGCGGAAACUGGGGAUGGCGAUGGGGCUGUGGCUGGGCCUGGAGCCGGAGCUGCAGAUCACCAGAAAACGAUGUGA